AUGACGUCACUGAAUAAAGUGCGAGCCGUCGUGGAGCAGCUUGCCGUCAUCAACCCGUACACAAACGCGAAGAGUCUGCCCGAAGUUCCUCGUCCUGAAGAAUGCUCCAUUCCGCGUCAACUGCCUUCGCUGCAGCAGCUGCCGUACGUGCAAAAUGUUCUCAACACGCUCUCCUACAACUUCCUUCCACAGACCUUUUUUUGCCUGGAGAAGCGCCGAUCGCUGGAUAGUAUACUGGUGACCUCCAAGGAAAUACUCGCAGAGGCGCUUCCAAUACGUUGUCUGGAGGCCACCUUUGUGGGUCUCUACCUCACACACGGAAUGAAGGACGUGGACCGCAUCCCGCUCUCCUUUAAGUCUCGCGCAAAAGGAAGAAAGUACCAUCACAUUGUGCUUGUCAUUCGCUGUGACGGCUUCUACGGGGCGCUGGGCCUUAGUCGCAAAUCGACGCUGAUGCACAAGCCGGUGGUGUACCGUAGCCUCUUCGACCUUGUCAUGGAGUACAAGCGCCAGUACGAGGCCAUCGGUCACCAGCUUUUGGAUUUUAAAUUGGGCCUCUGUGUGAGCCAUGAAAUGCGCUCACGGAAGGCGCCGUGCUGGCGCUACAUUGCGGUAAGCUUCACAAAAUCAAGUGCACUGGCGCCGGUUGCGUCGCCGCGCUCGAGUAGCGAAACGCCGGCCGGCGAGAGCAGCCAAAAGGCAUCGGAGGUAGUGGGCGGCGGCGACGACGACGACGACGACGAGCCGAGGCUGUUGGCGGAGGUUGCGCGGCUGCUGGGGCACUACGCGGAGCUGCUGGCCCCCAUGUCGGCUCACUACGAAAAAUGCGCCGUCCCUUUUCUCCGAGGGUCGCUGCCGGAGUCAUCGCCCACCUAUCUGAAGGACCUCCACGAAAUGGAGGAGGCGGCGGCGCGCCAGGAGAACAGGCGCCGCUUAGAAGCCGUGCGUUGUGGGCGCUCGCCGUGUCCUUCCGUUGACUUGGACACGAAGAAGCGUGCCGCCUCCCGCUCCGUCUCAAAGAAGCGCAUUGAACCCAACUUUACGGCCUCCACCGUCGCGCGUCCGGCCGCCAAAAAACGCACCACAGUACCAAAGAAGGGGACGACGAGAGGCUAUAGUACUGCUGAAGGUUCACAGGAAGAGCGACGGCCCUCACCGCAUGCGACGCAGAAACAGGAGCUGCAGCAGCUGCCACUAGUCAUUGAGCACACACCAUCUCUUCUUUCCUCAGACGCUACAAGUGGGAAACUCGAUAAUAGUGGGAGUAGUACACAUCAGGGUGAAAGCAAUAGUUGCACCCUCUUCAGAAGAACUGCACUUCCUUUUAUUGAAACCAAAACUGGCGAAUUCACUUCCUUUGGUGGUUCACACGGUGACGCUUGGGAGCUUUUGUUCCCUCCACGUCAGGAGUUGAAAGGGGUGGAUUUUGACGAAAUGUUGUAG